AUGUCAUCACCAACAUUUGAUGAAUUUAUUGAUAAUUGCACUAAACAAUUCAAUGAAUUAUCCACCAGCAAUAAUACACCAUCAUCAUCAUCCAAUGCUGAUAACGUAUCAGAAAAGAUUGAUCAAUUAUUGGAAAGACUGAGAAGUGUUCAUUCAUCAUCCUCUUUAGAAACUACCACAACAACAAACGAAAGUAAAAUUCCCUCCGAUUUUAUAUUGAGUGCACCACUCUCUGAUAAACAUUUGAAAUGGUUCGAAUUGACUCAAAAAGUAUUAAUUCACAAAUGUGAAACUCUUAUCAAACAGCAUGCUCAAAUGACUCAUCAAAAUCAGGAAAAUAAUUCAUUGAGUGAAAUUCAGGAUUUUAUCUUGCAAGAGUUGGCUCCACUCCAUGAAUGGAUGAAGAGAAAGUGUCUAUCCAUCAUGAGUAAUGAAAAAAUUGCUCCACAACAAAGAUUUCAAGUUCAGGAGAAUUAUCUGAAAAAAUCAAUGAGUGAUUGGGAACAAUUGGUUGGACCACUCUUGGAAAAACUCUCCAAUUUAAUGAUGGAACAAGAAUAUAAGAUGGAAAUGAAUUCUCUACUCAAGGAGGGACAAGAUGUCAUUUCUGUCAAGUUUAAGAAUAAGGAGGAGGGAAAGGUUGUCUGUUUGAAUGCAGAUAAAGCACACAGUGGACAAUUAUUGUUUAGAGAGGAACCUCUCUGCAGUCAGGUCAUUACUGACAGUUCAGAAAACCCAUUCUAUGCCAAGAUUGACCAUUGCCAUCAUUGUAUGAAAACAAUUUUCAGUGAAAAGACAAUUCAACAAUUUCCAUUCAUUGGUCAAAUAAUGAAAGACGAGGAAUGCAAGGAAAUUCUCUCAGAAAAAUUGACCACAGCCAAGACAUUUGUUUCAUGUGAACAUUGUUCAGCAGUGACCUACUGCUGUGAGUUGUGCAGAGAGAAAUCAUGGAAUCAAUAUCACUCUGUACUCUGCAGUAGAGAUCGUGUAACCCCACAAUUAUCAGACUCUGCCACAAGCAGCAACGCCAGUAAAACAACAGACCAUCCAAUCACAUUACUGGAAAGAUUAACUGUCAAACAACACAGAACAGCUCCACUCCUGAUUGCAAAAAUCAUGGCUACAGUAUUUACGGAUUUCUUAAGGAGUUUAUUACGUGAGUACCAAGAUAUUGACUCCUCUUUACAGAACGAGAGUCCAAGUGAGGAUGUUUUUCUCGUAUCUUUUUCUAAGGCAUUGCAUAGAUUUGAGAGGUUUGUUCAACAUGAAGAACCUCAUCCAUUCGACUCACUUUCUGCUCAAUUAAUUAAGGAGAGCAUUGAGUAUGCGAUUCAAGAUGGUUAUUUCACAGAGUGCAGUAAUUCAGCUGAGAACGCAGAAUAUUUAAAAUCUCAUGCCCAACAAAUUUCUCAAAUAUUGAAUAUUUUGUGUAGUGUUAAGCAGUAUCGUUCUCUUCAUGGAUUAAUAUUGCAAAAUUGCUCGACCAUCCAUCCAAUUACAGAGUUGCAUCUUGCUGCACAUGAGAAGGUUCAAAUACGAAACAAGGUGUGCGAACUCUUGCAUUGCAAAAACUUUGAAGAGGAAGCUACAAGAACUGAAACUCUCAAAUCAUUAAGCAUGAAGGGAAUGGGUGCAUUUGCCAUUCACAAUUGCAUGAAUCACUCAUGUAAUCCAAAUGCUGUCAGUGUCUCUGAUUAUAUUACACAUCAAGUGAGUGUGUAUGCCUCUUCAAUAACUCCUACAACCGACAGCAAUCUAUCCAGUAGUAAUACUGAUACUACUACUACAACAACUAUUACAAGUAACUCUUCAACUAGUGCUGCAUUAUCUAAGGGAGAUGAAAUCCUCAUUAGUUAUAUUGACGAAAAUCUCUCCACCGAUGAAAGAAAGAAAAAACUAAAGGAACAAUAUAGAUUCGAUUGUAAUUGUACAAAAUGCUCUGCAAAGUAAAUGGACUUAUUUCCCCUUGAAAGAGAGAUUUGAAUAUAGGAGAACUAUCUCGAGAAGUAACUUUCCAUUAUUAAAUAAAUGUGCCCAAUCUAAUAUUUAC